AUGGGUCAGCCAACUCAACACCACUCCCUCUGCAGGCAGCUCCUGCCCCACACACCUGCUCCUUUCCUGGGCUCAGUUAAACAGACAUCUCCCAGGGCAGCUUGGUGCACGCGAGGCCACACUCGCUGCUUUCCCCGUGACCUCCUUCCAUCCUCGCAAGUCUUUCUGUCACUGCUCCCUAAAUGCCCGUCCACGCUCCAUCUGUCCUGUUCUGUGGGGCAUCCUAGGCCAAGCCUAGCGCUGACACAGAACAGCGGCUGCCUGAGGGCCCACAGCCUCCCGGGAAUCAGUCAGGCACCCUGUGACCUGCCUGCCCGCUGCACCCGUGGAGCCUGGGGAGCCCGUAUGAUGAUCACACACAGGCUCAUCUCUGCUGAGGAGAACACGCGGGCGGCACAAGUCAUGGGGCUCCUGUCAGCGCCUCCUGCACACGACAUCACCUGGAAGGAGCUCCUGCUCACAGGGAAUGUCACCCAGAAGGACACAGGAUCCUACACCAUAGAAAUCAUAAAGCAAGGUGAUGAGACUAAAGGAGUAACUGGACAUUUCACCUUAUACGCAGCAAACUUAAACCCCCAAGGGGGUGCUGAGACUGUGAUCUUAUCCUGUGAUCCUGACACUCAGACUUGGGGCUCGUGGUGGAUAAAUGGUCAGAGCCUCCCUAUCAGUCGCAAGUUGCAGCUGUCCGAAAACAACAGGACCCUCAGUCUAUUUGGUGUCACAAAGGAUACUGCAGGACCCUAUGAAUGUGAAAUGAAGAACCCAGUGAGUUCCAGCCGCAGUGACCCAGUCACCCUGAAUCUCCUCUCGGAGCUGCCCAAGCCUUACAUCACCAGCAACAACUUCAACCCCAUGGAGAAUAAGAAUGUUGUAGCCUUAACCUGUGAACCUAAGACUCAGGGCUACACCUACUUGUGGAGGGUAAACGGUCAGAGCCUCUCCUGUCAGUCCCUAGGCCAUGAACCCGGUAAAAACAGGAUCCUUAUUCUAACCAAUGUCACAAGAAAUGACACAGGACCCUAUGAAUGUGAAAUAUGGGACCGAAAGUUGGGUAGCAUCUGCAGUGACCCAGUCACCCAGAUGUCCUUUAUGGUCCAGACGCCCCCUUGGUUUUGCCUGCAACUACCUACGAUUCAGAACAACCUCUACUUGUCCUGCUUCAUGACUCUAACCCACCGGCAGAGUAUUCUGGACGGUUAA